UGCUUCUUUGGUGCUUUGCUACUGGAAAAUAUCGGCAAAGCGUUGUCUUUUCAAUCUUUUUAUAUUAGAUUCUGCUGCCUGUCGCUUUGAUUGCCGCAGAAAAUGUCGGCUACUCAGUUACUCAACCCCAAGGCCGAGUCGAGACGGCGCGCGGAGGCUCUGAAGGUGAACAUCAGUGCUGGUGAAGGUCUUCAGGAUGUUCUGAAGUCUAACUUGGGUCCUUCCGGGACGUUGAAAAUGCUGGUGGAUGGUUCAGGCGGAAUCAAGUUGACCAAGGAUGGAAACGUGUUGUUGCGAGAGAUGCAAAUCCAAAACCCCACGGCCGUUAUGAUUGCCCGAGCUGCCACCGCACAAGACGACAUCACUGGUGAUGGAACGACGUCCGUUGUCUUGUUGGUGGGAGAACUCCUGAAGCAGGCGGAGCGUUACAUUUCCGAGGGACUGCAUCCCAGAGUUAUCACGGAUGGCUACGAGAUCGCGAAGAAUGAGGCUCUCAAGUUCCUUGACCAGUUCAAGAUUGAGCGCCCUAUCGACCGUGAGCUGCUGCUCUCCGUUGCUCGGUCGUCGCUCAGCACGAAGUUGAACACUGCUCUCGCCGAGAAACUUACCCCCGAUAUCGUCGAUGCCGUCCUCGCUAUCCACAGACCCCCUACGAAGCCGGAUCUGCACAUGGUUGAGAUCAUGACGAUGCAACACCGGACGUCUUCUGAUACCCAGCUCAUCCGCGGUCUUGCCCUGGACCAUGGUGCCAGACACCCGGAUAUGCCCAAGAGAGUCGAGAAUGCCUUCAUUCUGACAUUGAACGUCAGUCUGGAAUACGAGAAGUCUGAGAUCAACUCCGGGUUCUACUACUCUUCGGCGGAACAAAGAGACAAGCUGGUGGAGAGCGAACGUAAAUUCGUGGACGCGAAGCUGCAGAAGAUCGUGGAGUUGAAGAAGCAGGUUUGCGGCACUGACCCGAACAAGGGCUUUGUUGUCAUCAACCAGAAGGGUAUCGAUCCCCUGAGUCUCGACGUCCUUGUGAAGAACGGAAUCAUGGCCCUCCGGAGAGCCAAGAGAAGGAACAUGGAGCGUCUCCAACUGAUUUGCGGAGGUACUGCACAGAACAGCGUGGAUGACCUCACGCCCGAUGCUCUUGGAUGGGCUGGCCUGGUCUACGAGCACCAGCUUGGCGAGGAGAAGUUCACUUUCGUUGAGGAGGUCAAGGAUCCCAAGUCUGUCACCAUUCUCAUCAAGGGUCCCAACGGCCACACCAUUGCCCAGGUCAAGGAUGCGGUCCGUGACGGAUUGCGUUCCGUGUACAACACCAUCGUUGAUGGAUGCGUCGUCCCCGGUGCUGGUGCGUUCCAGGUCUCCUGUGCCGCCCACCUGGCGUCGGAGGGUGUGAAGAAGACUGUCAAGGGCAAGGCCAAGUGGGGCGUUUCGGCUUUCGCCGACGCUCUCCUGAUCAUCCCCAAGAUCCUCGCCGCCAACUCCGGCCACGACAUCCAGGACUCUCUCGCUACCUUGGAGGACGAGCGCUCCGAUGGCAACAUCGUCGGCUUGGAUCUGAACACGGGCGAACCGAUGGACCCCGUCCAGGCGGGUGUCUUUGACUCCUACCGCGUCCUGCGCAACUGCAUUGCCUCGAGCACGGGCAUCGCAUCGAACCUCCUUCUCUGCGACGAGCUGCUGAAGGCCCGACAGAUGGGCAAGGCGGGUGGACCUGGCGACAUGGAGUAAUGCGGUUGCUACGUACAGAGGUUUAUCAGUCACAUAAAGAGCUUGGAAGGUUAUAGAGUGGUUCCAACAAAAGAAAACCAAUUUUUAUUAUUAUGUAUUGUCUGUUUCUACGUGUACCAGAUACACACGGAACGCCUUAUCUUAAUCAAUUAUCCUAACAAGCCAAUU